AUGGCUGUUUUACAAUCUGUUGACCUGGAACAGUCAUCCGAAUUUCAUGGCAUAAUUGAUGGGGUGGCCCCUCUGACCAGCCCAGCACCUCAGAUGAGAGCUGCCCCCAGGCCAACCCCAGCCGCUCACCCGCCAGCAGCAGCCCCACAUUCAGCCGUGGGCUCACCAGCUGCUGCUCCCAGGCAGCCAGGUCUGAUGGCCCAGAUGGCGACCACAGCGGCUGAUGUGGCCGUGGGCUCUGCUGUCGGCCACAUGCUGGGCCACGCCAUCACCAGAGGCUUCAGUGGAGGAAGUCAAGCUGAGCCCACAGCAAGGCCUGACAUCACUUACCAGGAACCUCAGGGUGCCCCACCAGCAUACCAGCAGCAGCAGCAGCAGUUCGGCUCUCGCCACUAUGAGAUGAAACAAUUUUUGGAGUGUGCCCAGAACCAGGGUGACCUCAAGCUCUGUGAGGGGUUAAGUGAGGUGCUGAAGCAAUGCCGAUUUGCAAAUGGAUUAGCAUAA